AUGGCGGGGGACAAGUGGAAGUGCCCGCUUUGCGCGAAGAAGGGCUACCUUCCUGACUUCUACCUGAACGUUGAGCAAAUUGAUAUCGACCGCGAUGCAUCCUUUUUGGAGUGCCUUGACCAGGCUGCGCUAAUGGCUCGCUGCGACGGGUGUGCGAUGAAGCACUGGGAAGGCUGCGAAUUGCAGCGUCUCGACGCAUUUCUGGACGAAUGGGCGCGACGCAAGAAUCCGCGGAACGACCCGGUGCCCGAAAAGAGGACUGGCCAGCUCGAGGUGGAGAUGUCCAGGAAGAAGCCGAGCAAGGCGAUGAUGAGAAACAUUUCGAGGCAGCGUCGCAUCGAGCGAAUCCGUGCCGAGCAGGUCAAUAGAGAUUUGGCGCGCGAUGAGGUUGCAGAGAGGAAUCAUCCGCUUCCGCUGGUGACGCUGACUCCUGAUGAGCAACAGCUCGAUGGUGACGACUCGGAUGAGAAAACGGUCCGCCGCGCCCCGCCGAAGCCCAAGCGUGCCAUUGCCGGGCUGGAGGACGCGAUGCCGUUCGUAGAUGACCAUGUGAGAUCGAUUGAUGUGGCUGAGCUAAAAAGCCGAUUCUUUGCCGAGCCGGCCUCUGUGGACAUGGCCGCCGCACCGGCGCUGAUCAUUACCGGCCCGGAUGGGAUCGCUGUUGAGGAUGCAACCGUAACUACAAAUCCUGUAGAAGAACAGGAAGAGUAUAUAUUUUCGAGCUCUAUCGAGGUUCUGCCGGCGCCAUUGGACGAGCAGCAGCCGGAAAAGCCAGUGAAAGACGAGGGGAAGGCCUCAAGAAAGAAGUCGACGCGGAUCCCCGUUUGGAUGGGCGGGGUGAAGACGGUCGCCAUGGCACCCCUGCUCUCCGCCAAUACGCCUUUUAAGGCGACACAAUUUAUUCAGGCGCACAGCAACAAUGAUACGGCC